AUUCUACCUAUAUCCUAGGCUUACCUAAACUGUCGAUGCAGCCGUGCCAACUCUAAAGCUGUGGCGAAUGAGCUCAGCAGGCGAAUCCAGCAUCUUGAAAACCUCCUCAGGCAGAACGGGCAGGGGCAUGCACUUCCGGAACCCGAUGGCGGUGUGGAGACCGCGCAGGACCAGUUCGAGUUACCGCUCCCGAUGGAAACGGACGACGAGUCGCAACCUACUCCAGUGUAUGACGAUGAGCCUCCGCCUUAUGUCGAUGCGGGACGACAAGUGCCCGCGUCCUCCCGGAUGGACGAGGCGACCUCCCAGAGCAAAGCUAUCCUUGGCAAGCUUAUUCCGCGACCGGUGAAAUUCGAUAUGGCGUCUGGACGCGUAAGGUUCUUUGGACCAACGACAAGUAUGCACAUCCUUUCACGCUCGACCUCGGAUCCAUCUAAAAUAUCCGAGAGCUUUUGGCCUAUAUCCACGCUCGUCCGGGAUCUGAGCCCCGAAACGCACGACUAUCUCAUCGACUUGUUCUUCGACUGCCACAACUCCGCCCUCCACGUCGUCCAUAAGUGGGCGUUUCUCGACGACCUCAAGAGCGGCGGCACGCAGUUCUACUCCAACUUCCUCCACAUGACCAUGCUCGCGGAGGGCUACCGAUACGCCGACAGGAGCCGACCGGAUAUUAAAAGACUGGCGACUCCUGCGUCGCACCCGGACUCGUCGUGCUUCCAUAUGAAGGCCAAGAAGAUGGCGGAGCUUGAGCUGAUAAAGCCCGGUGGCAUCCCGUCGAUCCAAGCUUUCUUCUUGCUGGGGGAUUUGGAGGUUGCUGCUGGGAGGGAUGAUACGGGGUGGAUGUUUGCGGGGAUGGCGUUUAGGCUGCUGUUUGAUGUGGGGUUGCAUGUUGACCCGAGUGAGCUGAGGUUGACAGAGCGUGAGGUGCAGAUUCGGCAUAUGGUGCUCUGGGCCUGCAUCAUGAAUGACGUAUAUUGGGCGCUGUACCUCGGGCGUCCAACUAUGCUCAAACCGUCUGACAUUGCACCCGCAUGUUUGAGGAAGGACUUCGACCGCCUCAUCGAGAGUCAGACCCGCACGUAUGCUUACGAAAAGACGAUCGAAACCCGCAUCUAUGAAGCCUUGCUCCAGCUCAUGGAUCUCUUGGAGCCGCUUUGUGAAACUCGCGACUUAAGGAAGAACCUCAAUCCCUCGGAUGCUUACUUAAAGAUUGCGACACUAGAUCGUAAGCUGAAUAAUUGGUACGCCGAGCUGCCGGCGCGCUUGUGUUGGACGGAAGAGAAUGUUCGGACGGCGCCUUCGUCUUUCUAUCUUCUACAUACGCAAUACCACACUGCCCUCAUCCUCCUCCAUCGCAGCUUCCCUACGCAACCUCAGUUUCAGCAGUCAAACACCGCGCGCCACUCCGGCUCCACGCAUUUCAGCACUCUCUCCCGCGACGUCUGCGUCACCAACGCCGUCCAGGUCGCCGAAAUUAUGACCGCUUACAAGCGCCGAUACGCACUCCAGCGCAUCUUCGUAACCGGCUUGCAGCACGUCGGUACGGCUGCAACAGCCCUCAUGGCUGAGAUCAGCUUGCUGCAGGGAGAUCGGGUUGGCGGCGAGAGAGCUAGGCUGCUGGAGUAUUUAAAAGGAUUGGGCGAGUGUAUGAAGGAGAUGAGCGAGACAUAUCAGCCCGCUGUGCUGAUGGGCAGCGUGGUCGCACACUUUAUCCGCGACUCGGGCGAUGCCGCACGCGCCGAUACUGGCACACAGCACACUACGGCCGAGCAGCUCACCGAUCCCUCGCUGUCCAAGCAAUCCCUCACCCUCAUACCCUCCUCCGCGCACGCCACCAGAGCAUCCACACUCGCCCCUCCAGAGCUCUCGUCAUCCUUCCAUACCCGCGGAACAGCCACGCCUACCUUCGGCCUCCAACACGCUUCGAGCUCCUCGCUAUUCGACUCUCGUGGUGGGUUGCCGUUCUUGCCGAGUAGCUGGUUUGAUGAAAUGAACUGGGAAGAGGAUAAUGAGUUUUUGAACUUGAUGGGAUUGAAGGAUUUGCAGGGGCUGGGUGGUGGUGCUGGGGGCGGUCUUAUGGAGGGCUUUGAGAUGGUGGAUGCGAAUGAGGGAUCAAGCACGGGGAGAGGCCCGGAUGGAGCGCCGGACGUGGAUUUGUACGAUGGGUAGGUGUGGCUGUAAAGGGGUGCGGAGAAGAACGGCGUAUGAGUGGGUACUACUGUGCUGGCUAGUCAGGUAUCAUUUUGAAGUUGAUACGAGUAAUCCAAAAGCUGACUUACUCUCGC